UCCUCUCAAACUAGUGUGAAAAUUUUGUAAGAGAAAUGAGAUCAUCAUCCUGGCUCCGGGAGGAUACUGAGUAAGAGAAGACGAACUCCAACUGCAUGACACAGCAAUGGCGAUUUGAAGGGGUAGAGAGCGGAAGGAGUAGAAGGGAAGUCCUCAUUGAUGGACUCAACUGGCCUCAAAUCCCUUCAAAAAGCAACCAACUUCUGUUUUCGACCAAGAGCUUCUCUCUUUCGUCCCUUCAACUUAAUUCAGCUCAAACAUAUUCUCCAUCUUUAUCUUACCUCUUAUCGUAUCUCUCCCCUUUGCACUCUCAAUGGGGAAGCUGAAAUUUGUCAAGAGAGCACUUUGCCCCGUGGUACUGGCGAGGCCGUGAAUGAGGCGUCACGUCCCAAGAUUCUUCAGGUUGUGCUGGUGUCUCCCCAGAUUCCAGGAAACACAGGCGCUGUUGCUAGAACAUGUGCAGCAUCAGCUGUUGGACUGCACUUGGUUGGGCCAAUGGCAUUCAAAGUGGAUAGCAAUAAAUUAAAGCGAGCAGGACUGGAUUACUGGCCAUAUGUGGUUGUUAAAAUUCAUGAUUCAUGGGCAGACUUUCAAGAUUAUUUCAGGAAGCAGGAGGGUGAAAAGCGGCUGCUAGCAUUUACUAAGAGGGGAACAAAAGUUCAUUCAGAGUUUUCUUACAGAAAAGGCGAUUAUCUUUUAUUUGGUUCUGAGACGAGUGGGUUGCCUCCUGAAGCCCUGCAAGACUGCAAUUCUGAACCUUAUGGUGGUGGUACUAUCCGAAUCCCAAUAGUUGAAACUUAUGUCAGAUGUUUGAAUCUUUCUGUAAGUGUUGGCAUAGCAUUAUAUGAAGCUUCCAGACAACUGAACUACGAGCAAAUUCAAACACCUUCUGUAACAAGUACUGAUACAGCAGAAUCAUUAAUUACUGAGGACAUUUUUGGUUGAAAACUGAAAAUUACUGCAAAUUAUAAAACAUCCUAACCAGGUGUAUUUCAUUCUUCCAGAUUGAGCAUUACUUUUCUUGAUCAAUUCAGAUGCAAAAAUCUAUUAAAUAUAAUGGGACCUAGUCAAUUAUAAAUGUCCUGUUGGUCA